CUUAAAGUGGAUGUUACGUACAGGCUUCAAGAACAGCUGGAGAAUGUUGCGCUGCACGCCAUCCCUGCUAUGUAUCAUGCUAGCUCUUGCAGCCGGCGCUCAAGCCGCUAGGGUGAACCUCCGCGGCCUUUCCAUGGCCAACGAUGAGGAGCUUGUGGUUGGCUUUCCAAGACCACCUCACGACCAGCAUGCGCUUAUGGCCCGUUGGCUUGUACACCAGACAUCUUGGGGCGUUCUUUCGACCUUGGAUAGGGACACUGGCGAGCCGAUGGGAGGAGUGCUAUCCCACAGCGACGGGUCCCGGCAUGACGCCAGCGGGCGCCUCUUCUUCUACAUGUCGCCUAUGGACGAGCUGACGCAGAACAUUGUGGCCCACGCCAACUGCACCUUCACCGUCUCCGAGGACCAAAUCCACACCUCCACCGACCCCACCACCUCCACCUCCUCCUCCUCCCUCCCCGCCUACCGCCCCUGCGCCGGCCUGGACCCCGAGGAGCCGCCCUGCGCCCGCGCCACGCUGCUGGGCCACCUGGCGCCCGUGCCGCCGGCCGAGCAGCCCCGCGCGCAGCAGGCGCUGUUCGCCCGCCACCCGCGCAUGGCGGACUGGCCCGCGGACCACCACUUCACCUUCUACGAGCUGCACGUGUCCUCGCUGCACCUGCUGUCCUGGUACGGCGGCAUGGCACUGGUGGAGGGGGCGGACUACUACGCGGCGCGCCCGGAGGGGCAGCCGCAGCUGAUGAGGUAGGGGGAGGGCGCGGCAGCAGCUGCCGGGGCAGCAGCUGUUGCUGGGCAGCACUAGGCAGCGGUGCAUGCAUGCAGCAUCGGCAGCAGCAGCAGCAGCAGGGGCCGUCCUGCGGGUGCUGCAGCAGCGGGCACAGCAGCCCGGGGCCUGGCGUCAGAGGGGUGUCCCUAGGACGGCAGCAGCAGCGGCCUCAGGAGACCGCAGCAGGUGUGCGUGUUCAGGAAGCUGGCAGGUGUUCAGGAAGCUGGCAGGUGUUCAGGAAGCGGCAGGUGUUCAGGAAGCUGGCAGGUGUUCAGGAAGCUGGCAGGUGUUCAGGAAGCUGGCAGGUGUUCAGGAAGCUGGCAGGUGUUCAGGAAGCUGGCAGGUGUUCAGGAAGCUGGCAGGUGUGGCGUGUACCGUAUGUGUCCUGCAGCGAAAGGCGGCCUGGGAGGCUGGGAGGCUGGGAGGCUGGGAGGCUGGGAGGGGCGCCACCCACCCAGCUGGUGCGGGGAGCCGCUGGGGGGUGCUGCUGCAUGCGGCGGAGUGCUGCAGCCUGGCAGCACCCCUGGAGCGGCAUGGCAGCGGGCAGGAGUGCCACCGCACUGGGCGCAACAUUCGCUGGUGGUAAUGCAGGUGUUGUUGACCUUGUUGUUGUUGUUGUUGUUGGUGUUGUCCUCCGAUUGCCUUCGUUCCGGGAAAGGAGGAAUAAGAGAUGACUCCGGGGGCCUAGGGACAGGUCAUUGUGUUUAAAGCGGGGAGGCAGUGGGUGCUGGGAGCAGCUGGAGCUGCUUCAUGCGUGGCAGGUGUGCGCUGUUGCAGGUUGAAAGCGGGUUGGGGAGUGGCCGAGGCGGCCCAGGCCUCUUCUUGUAUGCUUGUACAUUGUUGUAAUGUUGACUGUGUUGUAUAUGGCAGGCAUGCAGGCUUGGGACGGUGGAGUGUGCGAGGCUGUACAAUACAUAAUAGACGGAUGUUCUCAUCCGAAAGUAGACAAGGAUGUUCGUGCUUACCGGAGGGUCGUGCUAACCGAGGUUGCAUGCAUGCUGGUUGCUGCACCACGUUGGGGCCUGAACAGGCGGGGCAGCUGGCCUUGAAACGGCUUGCUUGCAGUGUCAAGACGUGCCUUUGGCCCAGUUACCGCUUGCCUCACGUUACCGCUGUGGGGCACUGGCUGGUGGUGCGGGGGUUUGGGGGUGCCUAGGUGUGUAAGCAGGGCAAUGGCCCCUCGUGGUGAUCCAAGCGCUGAGCUGUUCUGCCAUGUUGUGGUCAGGUUGGUCCCGAUGACCCGAAGCUGGAUCGCCUUGCGCUGAGUUCAUGUAGUGCAGCAGCACUGCAGGAUGGGGGGUUGACGUGAAGGAAGGGAAUACGGUAGAACGAAUUGGGUGCUAUGUAACUCGUGCAUAACCCUGCACUCUAUAGUCCGGUUCGCGUCUUGUGAAUUAAUGGC